AUGGAUAUUUCGAGAUUGAGAGCAUCACCUCACUUUGACUGGAUGAACGGCACAUGUUUAUAUGAUCACAGCUUCUCAGAUGAGGAUAUUAAAAAAAUACGUGAUCUGAAUACCUACUGGACUAAUCCAACUCUUGAUAUCUCCGCAAGCUACUGGGUUUACUUUAAUUAUGGAGCUUGUACAGUUAUGGAUAAAUCUGGACCCAGUCUAAUUCUCUACUUCAAUCGUGGUAUUAAUCUCUACAAACAACUCAUGACUCCAAAUAACGUCAAAAAUCUCAAUAACAUAUUAAAGAAGAAGGUUCACUCAACUGCAAAAGUGGAAGACAAGCUGUUGAAAAAAUUCGGUGUACAACCCAAGCUGAUAUGUGCACAAAGUGAGGCCGGGAGUGUUUACUUACACGAAUUAGUAUUCUGUUUCAAUGAAGCUUCAUCACUCAUCAAUUGUCCAACAGAAUACGCUAGCCAACUAGAAGAAUUUAAUCCAGAUGAUUAUGUGGAAGAUGAGGAAUUACUUAGAGGGGAAAUUCAGUCUCAAAUCUUGUGCCCAGCAAAAUUCGUCAUUCCUGAUUACAAGAUACUUGGAGACGCCAAAGAUCCUAGUCAUGAUAAUGAUAAUGAUGAUGAUGAUGACGAUUAUUAUUAUGAUGAUGAGGAUGAAGAUGGUGAGAAUGGAGAUGGUGAGGACGAAGAUGAUCAUUAUUAGGUGUAGUAUUGAACUUUUCUGGCACCAGUAAGAUGGGAAUCAUAUUCAUGAUGAUAAUGUCUCACUCACUUUUCAUUUGUUGCACUCACUUCUUGUAAUGC